AUGGAUCCAGAGCCCGAAAAACACGAAGACCCUCCAUCGAACUUCCUGUUCCCUGAUGAGGCUCUGGAAAAAGUGCUUUCAUUCAUAGACUCGCGUAAAGACAGGAGCUCAGUCUCCCUCGUCCGCAAAGAUUGGUAUAACGCUGAGAGAUGGACAAGAUCAAAGAUUUUCAUAGGAAACUGCUAUUCGGUGUCUCCUGAUAUUGUGGCUCGAAGAUUUCCAAGAAUCAAGAGUGUCACGCUUAAGGGGAAGCCUCGAUUUUCGGACUUCAAUCUGUUGCCGCAUGGUUGGGGUGCUAACGUGCAUCAAUGGGUGGUUAUGUUUUCCAAAGUCUACCCUUUUCUGGAGGAGCUAAGGCUUAAGAGGAUGAAUGUGACUGAUGAGAGCUUGGAGCUUUUGGCUAAGUCUUUUCCUAACUUCAAGGCUCUGUCUUUAACGAGCUGUGAAGGGUUCACUGAGAAUGGGCUCAAAGCCAUUGUUAGUAAUUGCAGGUGUGGAGUC